AUGAAGGGUCUCUUCCAUGAGGUUGCCCCGGCGCAGUUGGGAGAUUAUGGCCUCCAUGUGCUCGUUGAUAAGGCUUCAGAAGGCGAAGGUAUCGUGGAUAUUGUGGCAGUGCAUGGUUUGAAUGGGCAUUAUAAGAAUACAUGGACAACUGCCAGGCCGCACGGUACAGAGGUGAACUGGUUGGUACACGUGCUGCCCAAUCAUCAGUUGAUCCAUGCCCGCAUCAUGGCCUUCUCGUACAACUCGUCGGUCCAGUUCAGCAAAUCUACGUCUGAUGUGUUUGUCUUUGCAGAUCAGCUACUCGAGCACCUCAUCGGGAAACUCGAAGAAGAAGGAGAGCAGAGUCGUCCCAUUGUCUUCAUAUGCCACAGCUUAGGUGGUAUCGUGGUGAAGCAGGCACUGAACAGAGCUGCUGAGAGUUCGCGGUACAGAGACACGAUUUUGAACCGUGUCUUCGGAAUAUUCUUCUUCGGAACGCCGCAUCGUGGUUCAGAGCUGGCGCCACUGGGGUACAUCGCCAGCCGCGCUUUGAAGGCUGGAUCAAUGGGUAGUCACACGAACUCGCAACUCACUAGGGACCUCGAACGGAAUUCUUCCUCUCUCAGCCAAAUAUCAAAGUCUUUCCUUCAGCAUGGCCACCGGAUCAAGAUCGUGAGCUUUGUGGAGACCGAAAAGAUGGACUGGCUAAGCUGUUUGGUUGUUGACCAGGACUCGGCGACUCUGGGCUGGCCCGGAGAGAUAAUCGUGCCCAUAGACGGGAAUCAUCGUAACAUUUGCAGAUUCACCGGAGAGAGGGACCCCAGAAUUGCCCCUGUGCUAUCAAACAUCCAGCAGAUGUUUCGAGCGAUUCGUGUGGACUACCUUUCAAGCGUCAAGAACAAGCCAAAUACGGCCAACGGUCAUUUCGAAAACUCAUUUCCAGCUGAUGCCGGCUGUGGAAAGUCUGUGUUGACAUCUUACCUCAUAAAUCAUUUCCAGAAGCAUUCUGCAACAGGAAUCAAUGUAUGCUACUUCUUUUUCAAGGACGACAAUGUGGAGCAGAGUGAUGCCAUCGUUGGGAUGUCCGCGCUUCUGUACCAACUCUACUCAGCCAACCAAGAACUUCUUGAUGUGGCUCUCAAGCAUCUGGGUGUACCUGGAACCAGCCUGAAAAGUGUCUCAAAUCUCUGGAGGAUCUUUGAAGACUCGAUUAGAAAAGCAGCAGCAUCAUCGACGACGAUCUGUCUCUUGGACGGCCUUGACGAAUGCGAGGAAAAGUCUAGGAAACAACUUCUUGAGUGCAUCGAAAGGUACUUCAUGAAGCAGCUUGAUGAGAAAGAUGGUCAGCACAAUCUUAAGAUGCUGGUGCUGAGCAGACCAGACAACUCCAUCAAGAUAAGGUUCGACAGGCACGUCCCGCAGGAAAAGGAGACAGGCUCUUUCACCGGUUAUCCCAGUUGCGCCAUAGUCAGGCUCCGGGGAGAAGACGAGUCUGAAGCAAUCAGCAAAGACAUCGAGCUCGUGGUCAAGGACGCGAUGGGUGAUUUAGCAGCGGGGGGUCUUCCUCUAGAUCUCUUGGAAGAUGUGGAGCGAGAUUUGAUCACACGCGCGGACCGGACUUUCUUGUGGGCAACUCUAAUAAUUCAGCUAUUGAAAGACAAAGCCAUCGAGGGGGCAUCGAGGAGAGAGAUGGAUGCGAUACUCCGGAGCCGGGACAUAUACUCAAUCUACACAGCACUCCUCAAAUCUAAAGUAGGAGCAGCAUCCGCUGCCAAGGCGAAAGCGAGAAAGAUGCUUAGCCUGAUACUUGGGGCUAUGAGGACGCUCACCGUCGACGAGCUGAACAUUGCCCUCGCUAUCAAGCCUGACCACGACACUUUUGCCGAAUCUACAUCUGGACGCAGACCUAGCAGUCGUACGUUCCAGUCAGUCGAAUACAAGAUAGUCUAUCCUUCCGAGAACCAUAUCAAGUCGGUCUGUGGCCACUUUGUACGGAUCAUACAUCAUAAGGUCUAUCUAGUGCACCAAACCGCGAGGGAGUUCUUGCUCGACGAAGCCUCAUGGAAGGAUCUGGAAACAGUGUCGAGCGACAUGAAGGCAAACGAAGAACUUUGGGAACUCUCUGAUUCAGACUCUGAAAAGGAAGCCUUCAGCAGAGCGAGUUGGUCUGACUUCGCCGAUGGCGCUGAGUCCAUGACGGUAACAAGCGAAAUUGGUGAUGGCUGGCAACAUACGUUUUCCCUGAAGUCCUGCCACGCUCUCAUGCUGGAAAUUUGCACAGCAUAUCUCUACAUGCUAGCAAAGCCGUGCAAAGGGGCGGUGCUUGGUCACCCAACAAAAGAGGUCGCCUACUUGCUGCGAUACGCGGCAGGCUACUGGGUGUCCCACUUUCACAAAGUUUGCGACAGUAUUCCGCCUAGUAAUUUGCCCUACUAUCACGGUCUAUGUCACCCUCGAUUCCCAGGAUUCACCACAUGGUUGGAAGCGCACGAUGAGCAGAACCGGACCCCAGUCUUCGGUUCAGGUUCCGUGGAGCAGCAACAGGACCUGUUGAUACAGAAGCUCGCUUUGGAACCGGGACAGCCGGGAUUUGGUAGAGACGUGAGUGCCAGGUUGGACUUGACAACUAUCUUUGAAGCUGGAGUUUCCAACCUACAGAUCCUCUCCUGCAAUCCUUCCCAGUCACAAAAUCUUGUGUUUCCAGUGAAGGCUGAUGAAACCGGGGUGGUGUCUUUGGACUUCGAGCUGGCCGCGAGGGGCGGGGUUAUUGGCCACCCAGACCGUGAGUCCCGACCUGUGUUAGCAUACGGUCAGCAGCAGGUGCGAAAGAUAUAG